GAUAAAGUUGAAAUUAGCGCGAAUGAAAUGUCCUGUGUAAAUCUCGAAAACUAAAACUAUUAGUUUUCAUGCCCUUUUUCAGAUAGUGUACACAAGGUAAAUAGAUAUGGGCAAAUCUUCAAAGGACAAGCGUGAUGUUUAUUACCGUCUCGCAAAGGAAGAAGGCUGGCGAGCAAGGAGUGCUUUUAAACUACUGCAGAUAAAUGAAGACUAUGAUAUCUUUACUGGUGUGAAGAAAGUGGUAGAUCUGUGUGCAGCUCCAGGUAGCUGGAGCCAAGUCCUGGCUAGGAAGCUACGGGGAGGAGACAAGACUGAUGACAGUGUGAAGAUAGUUGCUGUAGAUUUACAAGCCAUGGCACCUAUACCAGGAGUUAUACAGAUACAGGGAGAUAUCACCAAGACAAGUACUGCCCAUGAGAUAAUUGGACAUUUUGAAGGAGAACAUGCAGACCUUGUGGUAUGUGAUGGUGCCCCAGAUGUGACAGGUCUACAUGACAUUGACGAGUAUAUCCAGGCUCAGCUCCUUCUUGCUGCUCUAAAUAUCACAACACAUGUAUUAAGAAAGGAGAAAUUUUUUGCUAAAAUAUUUCGAGGAAAGGAUGUAUCACUACUCUACUCACAGCUGAAGAUAUUUUUCCCACUUGUGUCUGUGUUUAAGCCAAGAAGCAGUAGAAAUUCUAGUAUAGAAGCAUUUGUGGUGUGUCAGGGUUAUUGUCCUCCUGAGGGAUAUGUACCAAACAUGGCAAACCCUUUACUGGAUCACCAUUAUGAUUUAGAUUACAACAACCUGACUGGACCAAACAGAGUUAUUGUCCCUUUCUUGGCAUGUGGAGACCUCAGUGGUUUUGAUUCAGAUAAAAAUUACCCGCUAAAGCUGCCAGGUAGAGAAUACGAGUACCAUAAACCUGCACAGUCACCAAUCAAUCCUCCUUACCAAGAGGCGUGCCACCUGAGGAGGACUGAUCAACUGGCUAAACCAAUCAGAUUACAGGAAAGUGAUACUAAAAAUAGAACAACUAAUGACAUGUCCAGUGAGGAUGGUGUUAAUAUUGAUUCUAAAAAAGGAAAUACUCCUGAAUGUGAACAGAAUAGAACUGACAAGAGAGAAAUGGCAGAUACACUGGAAGGUGCUAGUGGAGAUGUUGUUAACGUAGGAGAUGUUGGUCAUGUAGAUAAAACAUUGGACGACACUUGUAAGAAAGUGACAGAACUUGAUAUUUAGAAAAGCUUGUAAUGAGUUUAUUCUGGAUACUGUCAGUCAAAGUUCUUACACAAUAAAAUGCUGAAAAAAGGAGAAUGCAUGUUUCUUUG